AGACUUCCAGGUAGGGUUUGCGUCAGCAUUUUGUUUUAUUAUACGAUAAAAAGUUUAAGAAAAUCUCAACCGGUUAAAAUAAUAUGGUUUAAUACAACGGACGGCCUAGAUUGAUCACAGAUAAAAGUCAUUUGGUUGUAUUUUAAAUUGUAUCGCCGCCGCUCACUUUCUAAUCGUAAACUGUUAGCAAGGCUUCGAACUUCAUCGUAGGAGCUAUAGCAAUUUGUUUUGUUCGCGCAAGGAAUAAAAUGGGGAUGGAAUUGAACAAGGCCUUAAGUUGGGAGAUAGGCAACCUCUCUGAAAGGACCGCUGUGAUGAAGUCGGAUUCCUUCUCAAGCGGCGACUGCAAUUGGUUUCUUUGCGUUUAUGCUCGUGAUCACUUGUCUAUGUACCUGAAAGUUUUGGAUACUCAUAAGUUGAGACCUGGAUGGAAAAGGAGAGUUAGCUUUUGCUUCGUUUUGUUGAACCAAUCUGGCAAAGAGCUUUUUAGAUCACCUGACGAAAGCAGACGCAGAUUGUUCUGCGCUGAGACCCCAUCCUGGGGUUUACCCUGGACGUUUCCUUUGACGAAACUCCAAGAAAAAGAGUUUCUGGAGGAAAACAAGUUAACCAUUGAAGUCUACAUGAAAGUAUUUGAAGUUGUUCAUGAAGGAAAAUCAACUGAGAAUGAUGUUUUAGAUUACAAUGGUUUCCAUAUUUUUGCUUCUCAAGCUAAUCCAGUGAGAGAUAUCUUUGGACAUCACCCAGACUUUGCAUUAGAUGUCAUACCAAAGAACCAAGCAGUGAGAACAGCAUACAUGAAUCUCCUCCUCGGCCUUGUGGAAACGCUGAGAAAGUCUCCACAGAGCUUGUCCGUGGCUGAACUACGGAAUGCUCAAAGCGAAUUGACUGAGCUGACAGAAGCAGGCUUUAAGCUCGACUGGUUGAAUUCAAAGAUUGAGAAGCUUUCCUUGGAGAGGAAGAAAGUACUCUCUGAUUGGCCUCGGGUCAAACAACUCGAGGAACACGUCAAGAACGUGGAACUGAAUUUGUCAGAUCUCAAAGUUGAACUGGACAAGGAGAAGAUCAGAUCUAUCAUUUCUUCUCAAGCUAGUCCAGUGGGAGAUAUCUCACUACAUCACCCAGACUUUGCAGUAGAUGUCAUACCAAAGAACCAAGGGGUGAAAACAUCACACAUGAAUCUCCUCCUCGGCCUCCUUAGGACGCUGGAAAAGUCUCCACAGAGCUUCUCUGUCACUGAACUGAACAAUGCUCAAAGCGAGUUGACUGAGCUGAAGGAAGCAGGCUUCAGUCUUGACUGGUUGAAUUCAUGGCUUGAGGAGGUUUCCUUGGAGAGGAAAAAAACAAUGUCUGGUGGGUCUCGGGUCCAACUACUCGAGGGAAGGAUCAAAAAUAUGGAACUGACUUUGUCGGAUCUGAAAGUUGAACUAGACACGGAGAGGAUCAAAUCUGCUGCUAAAGUUUCUUCGUUUGGUUUAGUAAAUUCUUUUACAAAGAGAUUCUUUCUCUCGUGUCUCUCUUUUUCAGAAUACAAAAACUAAUAUUGUACUGUAUGUUUUAUUACAAUCAGACCUGAAGUUUUCACUUGAAAAGAAA